AUUUCAGGCACCAAGCAGACAUUCUUAGAGAAACAUGGGUGAAGCUGGAAAUGUGACAAUAUCUUCUGCCAAUAAUAGCACGUGCCAUGACAGUAUCGAUGACUUCCGCAAUCAAGUGUAUUCUACCUUAUAUUCUAUGAUUUCUGUUGUGGGUUUCUUGGGCAAUAGUUUUGUGCUCUAUGUUCUUGUAAAAACAUAUCAUGAGAAAUCAGCCUUCCAAGUAUAUAUGAUUAAUUUGGCUAUUGCUGAUCUACUGUGUGUCUGCACAUUGCCUCUCCGUGUGGUCUAUUAUGCUCAUAAAGGCAUUUGGUUCUUCGGUGACUUCCUGUGCCGUCUCAGCACCUAUGCCUUGUAUGUUAAUCUCUACUGCAGCAUCUUCUUCAUGACAGCCAUGAGUUUUUUCCGGUGUGUUGCAAUUGUUUUCCCAGUUCAAAACAUCAAUUUGGUUACACAGAAAAAAGCCAGGUUUGUGUGUGUUGGCAUUUGGAUGUUUGUGAUUUUAACCAGUUCUCCAGUUUUAAUGACCAAAACGUAUCAAGAUGAGAAAAAUAAUACCAAGUGCUUUGAGCCUCCAAAGGACAAUCAAACUAAAAAUUAUGUUUUGGUCUUGCACUAUGUGGCACUAUUCAUUGGCUUCAUUAUCCCUUUCAUCACCAUAAUUGUUUGUUAUACAAUGAUCAUUUUUACUUUACUAAAAAGUUCAAUGAAGAAAAAUCUGUCAAGUCGUAAAAGGGCCAUAGGUAUGAUCAUAGUUGUGACAGCUGCAUUUUUAAUUAGCUUCAUGCCAUAUCAUAUUCAACGCACCAUCCACCUUCACUUUUUACACAAUGAAACUAAACCCUGUGAUUCUAUCUUGAGAAUGCAGAAGUCAGUGGUCGUAACCUUGUCUCUGGCUGCAUCAAAUUGUUGCUUUGACCCUCUCCUAUACUUCUUUUCAGGAGGGAACUUUAGAAGAAGACUGUCGACAUUUAGAAAGUAUUCUUUGUCCAGCAUGACUUACAUAUCUAAGAAAAAGACUGCCUUACCGGAAAAAGGAAAAGAAGUAUGUAAAGAAUAGCUUAAGCCUAUCUCCAGCACAACCCAAUGCGAAUAGUUCCCCAAUUAUUUUCUCAAAUCAUUUGUAAUAAAAUGAAACUUUUCACUAAUAAUUUACAAAUACUUACUUAAGUAUGUAUGCCUAUGAAUAUAUGUUACUCUUGCAUUUCAUUAUUAGAUAUAUUAAGCAUUAAAAAUUCAGUCUACAACUAUGGGCUAAUUAUAAACUGUUGACCAUUCACCAAAAGUUGAAUAUUUGUGCUUUUUCACUAUAAAAAUGAAUCUAUGAUCAAGCUUUUCUUCCUCAAAUAAGUUUUAAAAGAUAAGAACUAGAUUUUUAAGAAUACAAUUAUCAAGUAAUUCUCAGUCAUUCUAACACAUUCUUUUGUUAUAGAUGCAUUUUGCAUGCCUUCAGAGGAGAUCUGGAGGCAAUCUAGGAGCUACAUACAAUUUACUGCAACCUUGUGCUUUGUACUAUUGCAAGGUAGGAAAAGUAGGGCUCUUUCUUUCAGAAAAGAGUGUACAGAAGCUAGAUCAGACUAGUAUUCAGAAAAAUGUCCUUAAAGACUCCAUAUAAUGCAUACUCUGGAAACUAAGGAAGAUAACCCUGAUCAAAGUUCAAUUCAUCUCCGACGUUCCUUUUCCCCUGCCCCAGGUCUACUAAGAGAAUGAUGGCAUCUUGAAAUUCCUAGUGAGAUUUCUGUAAGGAUUUAUCUCCUUAUAUGACAUAUAAUCCUCAAGAAGUCAGAUAAUUGGCACUCGCAUAUAUGAACAAAAGUAAUUAAAAAUUUAUUUGAAAAAAUUGGGUCUAAUUUUCUACAUGCCUAUUAAUAAGGUCAAAAUUAACUACAAAGGAUCUCUAAAUAAAAUUGUGAAA